AUGGAGUUUGACAUGAAAACAGAAGACACAAAGACCACGAUCGUUGACACCGAGGUCGGAAUCGAUACUCGGUCCAACGAGGCCGGCUCAUCUAUCUACAUUGAUCCAGAGAAGGAGGCUGCUGCUCGAAGGAAAUUCGACAAAUACCUCGUACCUGUCUCGCUUAUAUUCAUAGUCCUUUCCGCCCUGGACCGAAACAAUAUUGGAAAUGCAGUAGUCUUUGGCUUUGACCAAGACUUGGGCCUUGUGGGCAACCAAUUCAACAACAUCCAAACUCUGUCCAGCUUUUGUAGUUUCGCAGGCGAGCUCCCUUGGACCUUAGUCGUUCGACGCUUUGGGGCUAGGAAGGCACUGGGCACUGCAUUUCUCCUAUGGAGUAUCUGUACCCUCGGAACCGCCUUCAUCCACACAUAUGGCCAAGCCAUCGCCGUCCGGAUGAUUCUAUGCGCAUGUGAAGGUGGCUUGUCUCCUGGAUUUGCGUUUGUCUACUCCACGAUUUACCCCCAAGAACAGGCAGGAAAGCGUAUCAUGACGACCAACCUAGCCCAAUGCAUUUCUGGCGCUUUUGGUGGUCUUUUUGCCUAUGCGAUUCAAACUAUGGGAACCAGAAGAGGCCUUGCCGCUUGGAGAUGGUUAUUUAUCAUCGAGUUCUGCGUUACCAUUUUCAUUGGUGGAAUCGGAUGGAUCUUCAUCCCAGAUUCAGCGGAAACGGCGUGGUAUCUCAGCGAAGAAGAGAAAGAGACCAUGCGUCUGAAGAGGAAGCGAGACUACUUUCUUCGAGGCGAACCAAAGUUCGAGUGGAAGUGGGCUAAGGAAUCACUGAUGGAUCCUUUUGUCUAUCUCCUGGGCACAGCUUUCUUCACUUCAUCCGUCGCAAUCAACGGCUUCAAUGUCUUCCUGCCUUCGAUCAUCAAUGGCCUUGGAUAUACCUCCCUUCAGGCUAACUACCUGACCAUCCCGGUCUAUGUUUUGGGUGCCAUCUCUCUUUUGACUCAGGUUUACUUUUCCGAUAAGCUCAAACAACGAAGCAUGUUUAUCAUCGGGACAUCGAGUCCCGGUGCUGGUUACGCAGGAAUGUUUAUUCUUGUCGUUGGUCUCUAUCCUAUUUCUACGCUUGCUGUCACCUGGGCAACUAAUACCUUUGCGCCUGAUUCCAAACGUGCGAUUGCCAUGCCCAUGGUAUAUACCAUGGCCGAUAUAUCUUCGAUGGUAUCAUCCCAACUAUACCCUAGCACACAAAAGCCUCGAUAUAUUCAAGGCAAUGCGGUCUCUGCGGGCUUAACAUGCGUUGCUGGGCUUCUUUACACCGCGAGCUGGUACCUUCUUAGGCUCAGAAACAUGAAAAAGGAGAAACUUCUCGCUGAAGGGGCCACUACGAAUCAUAUGGAGGGAGACAGGAGUCUUGAUUCCAUGUACAUUCUUUAA